CCAGGCAGCCCGAUCCGAUGAUGAGAAGCCUUUCCCCGACGACAGCAGACACGACUCGGAAGCAUCAAUUGGGCAAGGUGCGCGUGGGCAUAUACAUCCGCUGCAUUCCAAACAGCCCCCUAUAGCCUACCACGGACAAUAUUGAGGACGGCAUCACCAGGAGAUCUCGAAGCGGCUGUGCGCAAAGGUCGGGAGGAGAUGAUAAACAAGUGUGAUAAUUCCAGUCCGGGAUCAGCCGCUCAGAAGAACAGUGAACCUGAGCAACACCCGCGAGAAGUUUCACAGAGCGGCCACGCCAAAGACCUCGACAAAGACGACCCAACCACCAAUGAUCUUGUCAUUGCAGCUUCAUCCGACUCCGAUGCCUCAGAAGCAUCUGAUAACAAUUUUACCCAUGCGACACGGCCAUCAGCACCUCGGCGACUCACUUUCUACUCCAAGACAGAAGGCUUUCAUGAGCAAGUAGAGCUAAAUAACUUGACUCGCUUUGGCGACAUGAAGACGACUUGUUUCUCCUGCGGCAAGACCGUCAAGAGAAAGGAUGGUCGUUCCAACGAACUAGAGUGCGGACACGUGCAAUGCAUCCCAUGCCUCGAACGAAAGUUCAAGCAGGCGAUCAAGGACCCCGCGGCAAUGCCUGCGGUAUGCUGUACAAAUGAGCCCAUACCUCUGACCCUCAUGGCUCUCUGCGACCUGCCACCAAACUUCCGUGAAGAUUUCACUCGGAAAAUGGUCGAGUAUGGCCGCAAGAGAAUAUCCUGUCCUGUGGAGGAAUGCCUCGCUGAUGUGCAGCUGGAGACGGCAAAAUACAGGAGAGGAUCGGACGGCUCUAUCGUCGUCACAUGUGAUGUGUGUCAUACCCAAAUAUGCUGCGAUUGCAAGAAUGAGAAGCAUUUCUCGAGCUGCAUCCAGGACACUGGGACCCGGAAGCUUUUGACGUUGCUGGAGGCAGAACGGGUCAUUCAAAUCGUUGACUUGGAUGCAGCAGAGCAAGGCAGACAGGGGCGAGCAUCCGCCCGCAGGCAAAGCCGUAUAGGGAAUACUUGUUGGCAUUGUAACAAGGCCUACAACUGGAACACCUUUGAGGUUGCCCAAUGUGGGCAUUCUUUCUGCCACCCUUGCCUGCUUGGGUGGUUUCUUGUCGGUCUGGUAUUGCCCCAGCACAAUCCGCCGAGGUGUUGCAACCUCGAGAUCGGACUGGCGUGCUACAGACGCAUUCUGGUCAACCCCUGGCUGAACAGCGCAUGGCUCGCCCAGCAUGAGAUCGCUGAAACCGGUUCAUGGACCUGUCCGACCGGCGCACACGUGCCCAAGAAUCUCUACAUCACCAGCACAGCUCCAGCGGUCUGGAAGCCACGAGUCCAAUGCGAAGGCUGCGGGCCCAACCACGGUAUCUACUGCAUUCGAUGCAAAGCGAAGUGGCACAGAACCGAAUGUUGGGAGUUUCGCUCUAUCGAGGAACUCGAAAGACGCCUUUGGCAGGUCGACAUCAUUGAUGAAAGCUUUUUGCAGCAACUAUCUGCCGGCAUUUCUUACGAACGAAAGCUGAGAUCCGGCGAUAAAGUGUCACAAUUUCACCGGGCUCAAAAAUUCCUCGACUGCAGAACUGAAGCACAGCAGGUUAUUAGACAAGAGAUCCCUCGGCCCUCUGCCGUACAAACCGAGUAUCCGCAGGCUGGGGCCUUGAGUGAGAGCGAUUGGGAGGAAGAGGAUGAAGAAGAAGAGGACGAAGCGCGGGACUGGGAGUAUGCUCCAUACUCUCCUCGGGGUUAUGGACACGACGAGUGGCACGACCCUUAUGCUCGCAACCGGAUGCGCGGGGGACAUUGGGCGGAUGAGGUAGACACAUACUGAUGUGGCGAGCAAAAUGCUCCGCACAAGAUAAGUCGUCGAACUAGCAGCAGGUCGCAUGUGGCAAAAAAUUCUCCUAGCUCCUGUGCGAGUUGGUGACAAAUUACGUGCGAUCUUUGAGUCUGCGUCUCUAAC